UCGCGUAGCGCUAGUCAUUGAGUGGUUCUCGUCGGAUUCGGACGCGUUUCUCCGAGCUAUCAGCCCGUUAACGGAAUUCGCGAUUGCGCACACUGUGUUCUUAUUCUGGAUCACACUGUUUGACUCAUAGCGUGUGCAUAUAAAUAGCGCAUGUGCCCGUCGUCAUUCUUCAUAAACGAGAGCCUUGACUUUGCUGCCCUACCGUAUCGACACAGCAUACCGUCCCUAAUGCGCCCCUAAAGCAAAAUCAGAUCAAGCGAUUCUAUUCCAAAGUUUCAAACAGAAAAAAAAUAUGCCACCAACGGAAGCUACCGUUCCCCUGACCGAUGGUAUCCGGACCAAACGAUUUCCGAGCGUGAUUGCUUCCAAGGAGGCCAACCAAGGAGAAUCGGCAACGGAGAAGGCAACGGUACUAGCAGCAAUGGCGGUCAAUGAGAAUGGAAAAUUGCCAGCCGGAGCGAAGCAGCAGCAACUCAGUUGUCUGGGCCGGUUGUCAUACCACGUGUCUCUUUCGAUCGGGCAGUCAUUCUACAGGUUGGGCCGGCUCGUAGGCAACAACCCAUGGCGUACGAUCAUCGCCUGCUGGUUGGUGGUCGCCAUUUGUAGCUUGGGAUUUCUGCGGUUUCACCAGGAAAAGAGUCCCAUGAAGCUGUGGAUUCCUCAAGAUUCAAAGUUCCUUCACGACACCAACUGGGUAAUCGAUAAUUUCAAAGAGGGAAACCGCAUCGAAACGGUCAUGCUGACUGCACCGGAUGUGCUGACACCGGAAGUAUUACAAAAGCUCGCCGAUAUUACGGACAAAAUCAUGAAUCUGACGGUCAUCAACAGCCAUGGAAAAACGAUUGGAUGGAACGAAGUUUGUUUCAAAGUUCCUCUGAUAGCGGAGUACACUGCGAAUGAGCGACGAAAGCGGGAAGACGCCCUUUCGCUUAUAACUACCAAACGACCGAGAAAGCAGAAAGCUUUCUUCAACCCAAGCGUUGAUCUACCGAGUUUUAUGUAUUGUCCGCUGAUCAACAGAUUGCCGGUAGGAUGUCUAGAGCGUAGUAUUCUGGAACUGUGGAAGUACGAUCGUGCGGUGAUUGCAAAUCUCACAAAAGAACAGAUCGUGGAGAAACUGAACAACACAAAAAUCAGUCCCGUCACGGGACACACAGUUGACUUCGCCGAGCUGCUCGGAGGAAUACAGCGCGAUUGGACCGGACGGAUUGUGUCCGCUACGGCUCUAAACUCCAACUGGAUGAUACAUGUAAACUUUUCUGAGGUGAACUCGGACAUCAGUGGUAAUGCUGCAGGUACCGAGGAUUGGGUUACUGAGGAAGCCAUGCUGUGGGAAGGACAAUUUUUAGAGGCGCUUGAAGAAAUUCAUGAGAAUUUUUCGGAUAAUGAAACGCAGUUGUUUUAUGCAGCGGGUCGCAGUUAUGGAGAUAUCAGUGCCGAUUCGAUGUUCAAAGAUAUUGACAAGCUGAUGAUCGGAGGUGUUGUCAUGUUCAUCUACAUGCAACUGGUGCUAUCGAAAUUCAGCUGGACUGAAUUCAGAGUAAUAUUAGGAACCAUUGGUUUACUGAGUAUUGUAAUGGGUUUCGCUGCAGGAAGCGGAAUAGUUUCAAUGUUGGGUGUCUCGUACGGUCCCGUUCACACGUGUCUUCCGUUUCUACUUAUGGGGCUUGGCGUAGACGACAUGUUUGUUAUGAUGGCUUGCUACAGAAAGAUUCGAGAAACUCAUGCAAAUCUUCCAUUAGCGGAACGAAUGGGACUCAUGAUGAAGCAUGCCGGCGCUUCGAUCACGGUUACGUCUCUCACCGACAUCGUCGCAUUCGGAGUUGGUUCAAUCACCGUUCUUCCCUCGCUACAGUCUUUCUGCAUAUACGCAGCUUUCGGCGUUCUUAUGAUGUUCAUAUUCGUCAUCACUUUCUACGUUGCCAUAUUCACGUUGGAUGAGCGUCGAAUAGUUUCACGGAGGAAUUCGUUCAUUCCCUGGAAAAUACAUGACGAGAAAUCAACUCAACUAUGGUGCCAAUUAAACCUGAUGCACCGAUUCAUUGAUUUUGUUUAUUCCAAAAUAAUUCUGACGCCUGUAGGAAAAAUUCUCGUAAUUGUUGCAGUCAUCUCCAUGACGGGACUCAACAUUGAAAGCUUGAUGAAACUUCGUCAAAAAUUUGAUCCAAACUGGUUUAUCCCGGAAGAGACAUAUUACAGCAAGUUCAUAGUUAAAAGUCGAGAACAAUACCCAAACAAUGGGUACGAAGCGAUGCUGCUAUUCGGAAAUUACAACUACACGGCUGAACUGAAAGAAUUGCUGAAAAUAACUCACGAACUGGAAAAAAGGACCGAUAUUCUACACAGCGUAGAUUCAUGGGUCGAACAAUUCCAAGACUUUGUGCACACUAAUUAUGACACAGAUAUUGGAGAAGUCGUGCUUAGUGAUGUAGAUUUUCGCAAAUACCUGUCCAAAUUUCUAUACAGCCAUGAAGGUGGGCGCUAUCAAAUGAACUUCAAAUUCGCUACAAAGUUGCAGUGUGGAGAGCCCGCACCAAACAUUACUGUCACUACAAUCGACUUUAAGUUCCGUCCUUUCAGUGAGCGUGAAGAUUACAUUCCUUCCAAGCAUGCCGUCGAAGUCCUGCUCGCCGAAAGUCGUUUUUCAUCGAAAGACAAAUUCAAUACACUCUGGGCGAAAAUUUUUGGUAAUUGGGUCACUGACGAAAUAAUCGAUACGGAAAUCUACCGAAACAUAGCGUUGGCUAUGAUCGGUGUGAUGUUCUGUUCAGUUGUACUAAUUGUCAAUCCGCAGAUCUGCUUCUGGAUCUUCAUAUGCGUGGUUUUAACGUUAGUAAACGUUGGUGGAUUUAUGCAACGGUGGGGUCUUACUCUCGACAUAUGCUCUUGCAUUGCUCUGCAAUUGGCCGUCGGCCUUUGCGUAGACUACGCAGCCCACAUAGGUCAUACGUUCCUAACUAUUAGUCAUGGUAACCGCAAUCGACGCUCGCUAGAUACCGUAUUGCACAUCGGUGCCGCCGUACUUUAUGGAGGAGGAUCGACUAUCCUAGCUCUUAGUAUUCUAUCUGGAUCUCAAGCAUACACCUAUCGGACAUUUUUCAAAAUAUUCCUUCUAGUUAUUGUAAUUGGUUUGUUCCAUGGACUGGUCCUUUUGCCUGUCAUCCUAAGCAUAGUAGGACCUCCGCCUUACAGUGGUUUCAUAGAUGAUCAUGACAGGCUUUCCAGUGACAUAGAAAAAGAAAUGAUGCCCAUCAGCGAUGAUCAGAAGCGUCAUAAUGGGAAGUUCGCCCAAAACGAAGAGGAGAAACAGCCAAUGCAAACAGAUUGAUCCCAGAAUUUGAACAAUUGAAAACGCAACAAAACAUUGGAAUCGUUCCAUGACUUAACACGUAAAAUACAAAGAAUAGAUACCCAAAAUCAAAUCAAAACGUGUUUAAAAAAAUCGGCAUACAAAACUACUCGUACAGUAGUAAUAGCAUGCAUGGUGAUAGAUUGUAUAUGAGGUGACGCGCUUUGUUUGAACAUAUGGUAUUUGAUUUGAGCUUUCAAGUGCGCUCCGGCACACCCUAGUAGUCAUACCGUUUACCGGGUAUAAACCUUAACAAGGUGCAUUGUUACUUCUUGAAUAAGCACAAAAAAGACGUUGAUAUUUUUACUAUUUAUUCGUUUUUGAAAUAUUUGGCAAAAAAAAUUGCCAGUCUGGGUAUCUGUUCUUUGUGUUGCAAUAAGGCUCAAUGCGAUCGGAUUGGUAUAAAGUCAAAAAAAACUUUCUACAAUUCUGCAUACAUGAGCCUUAUUAUGUGGUCAAAUUUAUUAUAGGCCACGUGAUGCCAUUGUGAUCCUUGUAUUAUUAAGCUGAGAAAGGUAUUUUUAAACAAAGUCAUUACAUGUGUAAGUGCUAAGAGGUGUUGUAGUUGAAGAACAAUAAAAUCAUUCAAAACAUUGCA